CCACAAAACGGAUAUGUCUCUCUUUGUCUAUUGUGAGUGACUUGGCCACUUUAUAUUUCCGGUCAGCUGUGACCCUGAAUUAUUGGCUGACCAUGACAUUGUGGGAAAAUAGUGUCAAAGUGCAAUGACAUUAACAGUAUUUUUGCUGUGUUUUAUAUGACAGCUGAUGGCAUGAUGAAAGUGUGAUCGUAUGUUCUUUUUUGUCAAGUCAAAUCAACAAUUUAACAUCUUAAGGCUUGAAAUGUCUGACUAAAAUUGCACUGUACAACAACAAAAUAUUUAAGCAGGCGCAAUAAAAAGAUUCCCGUAAUGUGAAACGGAUUCACAUUUCAGGUCCAAAGCCCAAAAACCAGAAAAUGUCCUAUGAAAAUGUUUUUGCACUUUAGCGCACUUGUCACCGCCACUAAUUAAAGUCCAUAAACAAUGUCAACGAAUUCUUCAUAGGGGGCAAUGAUGGCCAUCAACUUGCUGACCUGGGGUGACCACCAGCACAGCAGCAGCCAAUGUCAACGAUGAACGGCUUGUUUGUUUGUGUUGUCAACUUUAAAAUGUUAAACCAUGACUCUUCACCAACAAAUGACUCCUUUGUCAAGGAGAUGUCAUUAAAGAUUAACACCAAAUGUUCCUAUUUAAACCAUAAUACAACUCAAAACGUUGUGACAUCAUAUCGCCCCCAACAAAAUGGCGGAUCGUAAAUAAACACAAACAAGAAGAAGUAGAAUCAAAGAUUCAUUCCUCGCAAACCAAAAAAAACCCCAAACUACAAAAGUUCCUAUUCUGCAGACUCAAACUGUAGUAAACUACAAAAAAUUACUAAAAAAAAAGGAAAACAACCAAAACGAAACUAAACUAGAAUAUAAUUGUAUUUAAGAAAAUUCCCCCCACACCAAAUACUCACACACACACACACACACUCUUAUACUCUCGCAAGCAAAAAUUAUAAAGGAAGUCAACACAAGUAACGUGAGUGUCUGGAGGACACGUCGAUGGACAUAUGCAAUCUCUUGAUGUACCAUAAAAUAAUCAUAUACUUUAUAUGCGUUUGAACAAAAAAGUGAAGAAAACAAAAUAGUUAAACAAAAAUGUCUAGCUAAAGCAAGCAGAAGAAGAAAAAAAUCAAAGUGAAAGUUUGUCAUUGAUUGUAUUUUUGCAAAACGGAAAUUCACAUGUCAAGAUGCUGAAGACUCAUAGCAAUGCCCUUAAAAUGAGUAAAAGAACAGCGCUGGAUGCCAAUAGUCCCCAGGCCAUGCUGCAUAGGGCUUUGCAACAGCCGCUACUGUUAGCCCCACCACCCACACCCACCAAACAAAAGGAGACCACCGCCAUCGCCACCAUGCUUCAGCCCCUGCAAAGCUCUUUGAGGGUUGAGGAUUUAAAUGAUCCCAAUUCACCCCAUUUUCCCGAUCAUUUGGGUUGUGGCGAAGUUUUCACCUGGCAUUGCGAGGGUGAAUUCUAUGCUGUGGAAUGUCGUCUAUGCGAUGAUCAUCCCCUAUGCCCCCUCUCGGAAUUCCCUUUGCACAUGGAGGCUUGGCACACUGAUUGGACUGGCAAAUUGACCAUUGAUGGCGAGGAUAUGGAUGAGGAGGAGGAUGAGGAAGAACAAAAUGAUUUGUAUCAUGUUUUGGCUCUGUCGCCCCAAAACAACGAGGAUAGCGGCCUUUGUGAUUACGAUCACGAUGAUGACGAAAGUGGUGUUGGUGGCCAGCAUUUAUCGCCUGCUUCGCAGCAAAUGUGUGAAGAAGAAGAGGAAGAUGUGCUCGAACCGUUCGAACAAGUUUUGAUUGAGCAAGAAAAUAACAUCGAUACCACACAGGUUAAUGAAAACGACAAUCAAGCAGUUAAUGAACGUGCUGCUGAUGCUGGUGUUGGUAUUAGUGUUAAUGAAGUAAAAGCGGCAGGCGCGGAAGAGGAAAGGGAAGUGAUGACAGAAGGUGACGAAAAUACCUUAACAACAACGGUACUCAUAGCAUCCGCAGAAACAACGAUAUCAAGCAACAACGUUUGCGCUGGAGAAACCCCUCCAACAGCACAAACUCAAGAACAACAACAACAACAACAAUUGUGGAAUAACAAAUCAAAACAAUACCAUAACACCAUACUCUCUGCAGAACUCAAAUCUCCGUUAAAAGAAGAGAACCCCCAAGAGGCCAAUACACUGCAGCAAAGAGAAAAUGAGAGCUUAACCGUUAUAAGAGAGUCUUUAUACAAUGAGUUGUGUUUCUCUGAGAAUUCUUUAAGCUGCUGUCACAGCACAGCAGAGCAACUGCAGCCGUCGUCGCAGCCACCACAGCAGCAGCAUGCGCAGUUAACACAGGCAACGGUGAAAGAAUUAACAAGUGAUCAUGAUGAAACCACUAAAGUUCCAAAGAAUUGUUGUUGGCCCGAAGAAAGUUACGACAGCAAUAAAAAACAAGAAAUUCAACAAUUCCCAAAGCCGAUGGAAGCAGGUGAAAUUAUCGCGCCACAAUCGCAACACCCAAAAGACUUCAUUAAACCCAAGACAAAACAGCAAUCUAAAGACCACAUACAAUUAGCAACUAAUUCCGCGAAGAAAAAAUCCGUGGUAGAAAUUACCAAAGUGGAAAUUUUAAAUGUCAAUAAUUCGCUAAUGGCGAACAACAACAGUGCAGAGGCCGAGAUGUUGGCGCCCAACGUUAAGGACAACUCUCCCAUGCCGCCUCGCAAAAGGAAAAGGGCAAACGGCAAAUGUUUGAGCCAAGAAAUAAACAUUCAGCCCCAAAAAUCGAAUCCUCCUUUAAGAGGCAAAUAUUUAAAGUCAUUUAAGAAAUUUCUGCAAAAAUCAGAUACCGAAAGUCUGUCAGGUAGUGAAAUUGUUGAAAAUGAUAGCAGUAGUCCCAAUAGUUCGCCCCUUCACUGCGCUAGCAUGGAACCUAAAAGGCGGCGUUUAUAUUCCAGAGCCUGUAAGAAAUCUCCCACCAAUUCCUUGUCAAGUGAAACAAACGAAUAUCCAUCAACUUCACCUUCGCCGCCACCCACAGAUUGUGAUAGUCACACUUUCCUUUCACCCGCCCAUGCCCUCGAACCCGAAGUCCCUGCAUCCCCACAGAGUGAUAAGUCCAGCAAGAUACGUUACUUGGUUAAGCAAUGCGAGCGCAUUGCCCGUGAGCAUUCCUCUUCGGCAGCUUCUACCAUAUCGUCCAGCUCCACCUGCUGUUCCAGCAAUUCAUCCCUAAACCGAGGCAAACGCAAUAGCCGAAGGCGUCGAUCUCUGACACCGGUAGAAGUUUGCGAUAUACAACCUACCGUGCCGCUCAACGAUCACAUACUUCCCAUCUAUGACGACUCUGGCAAUAUGUCGCCGGAAAUGCUGAGCGAGCAUUUGGAAUCUCUGGCCUGUUCCCUUUUGGACUAUGAUGAUUUUCCCGAUGAUGAUCAUUCAGUGGCAUCCACAAGUUUGACAGGUGAAAAUAUCUUAGAAUCUUCACCCUCAUCACCUGGUUCGCCCAAAACCGAGGAGGAACACUUUGAAUUUCAUGAGCCUCGAGAGAAACUCAAUAAGAUGCAUGUCCUCAAGCUCAUUGAACUUUACCAGGAGCAUACCCGCCUGUGGGAUCAAACGCAUAGGGAAUUUUGUGAGCCCCACCUGUGCCGGCAGUCUUGGCAGGACAUAGCCGAACGCUGGAAUGCCUUCUGCAAUCGUAAAUUCCACAUAACCGAGGUGCGCAUAAGAAUUUCCACCCUAUGCCAGCGUUAUCUCAAGGAGCGUGAGCGCAUACAAAGAGAAGGUGAGCUGGAUGAGAGUGCCAAAUUUCCCUAUUAUGAGCAAAUGUCCUUUUUGGAGCAGCAUCGUUCUCUGCAAAAACGUCGUGAGGUGUAUGAGCAGCAAAAUGAAAAGAUUUUGGAAAUCUAUCAAAAACAUCUGGUGCUGUGGCAUGUGCGUUGCUAUAAGGUGCGUCAGGUCAAGGAGAGAACUAAAGCAUUCCAGAGCAUAAGCUCGGAGCUUAAGGAUAUUGGCAUUUAUCUCUCCUCCAGUGGGGUGCAGAAACGCAUACGCUCUUUGAGGAAAUGCUAUCGCCUGGAGAAAAUUCGCCAUCUACAUGCCCAGGUGGAGCGCAUGAAAUUCGAACCCACCUUUAAGCAUUACGAGAGAAUGCAAUUUCUGGACAAACAUAUUGAUCCUUUCGUUUGUCGUGUGUGUGGCAAAAUCUUUGAAAGUUUAGUUAGCUUUAAGGAACAUCUAGAGUCGUCUAGUCAUGGCAAUAUACUGGAAGAGGAGGACGAAGAUGAAGAGGAACCCAACAAACCGGCUAACACAUCGUCCAAUGUUACGCAGGAUACCAUUGUCUGUGGUACCAAUGAGAAAUUUGAGAUAAGCAUGAAUGUCAAAGAUCUCAACUCGGUGUCCGUUUUCAUCAAACCAUUGGCCAUGGAGCAGCAAAGUGCAGUUGGUUGCAAUAAAAGUUCACGACGUGAUGCCAGCUUCAACCAGUUUCCCAUGGAAGAUGUUAUAAUGGAGGAACUUAUAGAGAAUGUCUCACAAGAGGAUGAGGAAUUUGCUCCGAAAACCUUGGACACGUAUCUGCAUUCAUGUGACAGCCCCGAGGAUGUUACUAUGUUCAUAGACACAGCAAGUAAUAGUGAUAAUAUUUUGGAGUUCCCUCUACAAUCGGAUGAUGUAGCAAGUGUGAAAAGCUCAAAUACAACAUCGACGCGGCGUGAGGAUCUUCCUAAACUGGAUGGACGCAAAAGAACCAACAAAAUCAGAACUUAUGCUGCAGAUGAGGAGUAUCAUUCGGGUGAUGGCGAUACGCAGUCGACACGUCUUUCAGAUGACGAAAUCCACAAGAUGAUAUCCAUAUACAAACGUUAUCGUCAACUCUGGGACCCGAAUCAUUUGGAUUACAAUACCCGAAGUCUAAGACGUCAGGCUUGGUUUGCUUUGACUACCGAGUUUAAUAAGACCAUACAUAGGAAUUUCUCUUGGAGAUCUUUGUAUAGAAAGCUAAUCGAUUAUGCCAAAUACUAUAAGAAGUUGACAGCCGAACAAAAUCCAAAUGAGAUCAAGUGGAUAUUCUAUAAGGAUCUUACAUUUUUGGAUGAUGUGAUUGCCGUCAGCAAUGAAUUGGGUAGAUCCAUACACCAGCGUAGCACCACAUUGAAGCUCAUUGAAAUCUAUCGCGAUCUGCCCCAAUUGUGGAACAUAAGAGAUCCCGAUUUUAACAAAAGGCCGGUGAAGCAACGCAAUAUAAACAUUAUGUGCAAUCGUCUGCAGGAGGAGACCAACAAGGACAUGAAUCCGGAACGCAUUAAAAAUCGCAUCAUCGAGCUGAGAACCCAAUAUCGAGGAGAGAAAAAGAAACGCUUGCGUUGUCUGAACAACAAACAAAAGUUCUUUCCCGAGUUUGAGUACUACGAAGAGUUUAGUUUCAUUGAUGCCCAUAUUGAUCCCUUCGAAUGUGAUAUUUGUGGCAUGGAUUUCAAAAGACUCACCGAUUUUAACAAUCAUCUGCGCAAAGAACACGAACCCAAGCGAAGAAGAUUCCGCAAUGAUAAUGGCGAAGAAACCGCAAAUGGCCAGAAUCUGGACAAUGUUUGUCAUAUAUGCGGUGUUAAAUUCAGUAAUAGGGGAAAUUUGGGCCACCAUCUAAUCAGGCAUGAGGGUGUGCGAAAUUUCGAGUGUUCCAUGUGUCCGAAAAAGUUCUUUACCUCACAUUCCCUAAAGGUGCAUGUGCGGACCCAUACCAAAGAAUGUCCCUAUAUCUGCGAGAAAUGUGGCUUAUCCUUUGUGAAUGCCAGCAAACUGAAUCAGCAUGUGCUCAGGCAUACCGAUAAGAAAAACUUUAAAUGUGAUCACUGUCCGAAGGCUUUCUUUACAGCCUUCGAGAGGGAUCGUCAUACGCGUUGGCAUUUGAAUAUACGUGACAAGGAUUGCCCCAUAUGUGGCAAGUCCUUUGUCAAGGGUUCCUCCUACUAUGCCCAUUUGAUGUUGCACAGUGAUACCAAGAGAUUUAAGUGUGAUAAAUGUGACAUGAAAUUUGCUCAAUAUGCCGGAUUGUACAAACACAAAAAGAGAUAUCAUAGUACGUAAGAAGAUAGAAAGAGAGAGAGAGAGGGGAUUUCAAGAAAAUCGUUUUAUUAUAAACUGCAAUACUUGCAAUUAUAAUAUGUAAUAUAUAAUAUGGACUUAAAGGAUAUACAGAUGAAAAAAAAAGACAAAAAAAAAACUUGGACAAAUUAGUAGAGGGACUUUUUAAUAUUUUAAGUUUAGUAGAAAACAUAACUGGAAACAGUUAAAAGAUGGCGCUGACUUCUCACAAAGAAAUGUAUAUUUUGUAUUAAAAACAGAUAUCCAUUUUUCCAAAAAAAAAACACCUCGCAGUGAUAGCAACUUUUAAGAAUUUGAGUCUGUCAUCAUUUUUUGAAGCUUUUAUAAAAUUCAAAGUUUGAAGAGUCUUUAUAUGAAUUUGUCUAUGCUCACAAAAGAUGGUAUAUAUGAACAACAAAAUUUCCUAAAACCAAGCCUUAUUAUAUAAAAAAAAAUCCUUUAGAUUAAAACUAAACCCAGUGUAGAAUAUUUUUUUUUUUGGAAAAUUCCAAAAUUUCUUGUAGCUCUCUUUACCUAUAAUAGAAAAUUUGUAUAGUUAUAUAAAAAAAUUAUAAAAAAAGAUAACUACAAGCAACAAAAAUUGAUUAAAAACAAAAAUCAAGCAACACUAUUCCUAUCAAAAUUUAAAAAGAAAAAGAAAAACUCAAAAACUAUAAAUCCCUUUGGAAAUUUAGAUAUUUAGAAACAUCAAACAACCAACAACAGUUCCUAUGAAAAGUAAAACAUUUUUAUUGA